GUCUGGUCCGUGGACCGGUCCGUGGUCUGAACAUCUGGACUGGGUCUGGGUCCGGGUGUCAGAGCAGGUCCUGAGAGUGAUCCGGAUCCAGUCAGUGUAAAAGCCCGGAUCAGCGGAGCCUCCUUCAGUCCGGGAUCAGCCUCCGACACACGCGCACCUCCUGCCGCCGCUGCGCAUCCAGCUCCUGCAGACCCAGGUCCUCCAGACCCGGAUCCUCUAGACCCAGGUCCUCCGGUUCCAUUUACUUCCUGUCAUGGACACGCCCUUCUACCACGACGACUCCGGCUCCGGCUACGUCCCGGACUACGACCGUUACCCCGGCAACAAGAUGCUGAUGACUAAGAAGACCGCCGGCGGCCACCACUUCCCUGGCGGGGGUGGGGCGGGGGGCGGAGCCUCAGGAGGGGGGAGGAACCCCGGCGGCUCCCUGAUGGCGGCCCCGGCAGCGUCCUCGUCCGACGUGAACCUGCUGAAGCUGACGACCCCCGACCUGGAGCACCUCAUCAUCCACUCCAACCAGGGCCCCGCCCCCGGCUCCGCCCCCACCUUCAUCUACCGCGGUCAGGCCACCAAUGAGCAGGAGGGUUUCGCCGACGGCUUCGUCAAAGCGCUCGCCGACCUGCACAAGCAGAACCAGCUGGUGGGCGGCAGCCACGUGUCACCGCAGCCGCCCUCGUCCUAUCAGAGGGGCCUGAUGGGCGGAGACAUGCCGGUCUACACCAACCUCAGCAGCUACAGCCCCGCCCAGAUGGGGUACGCGGGGGGGCAGCUGGGGUACGGCACUGGAGGAGCAGGGGGAGGGGGCGGAGCUCCUCGCCUCGAUGCCCCACAGACUGUCCCCGAGGUGCCCCACCCACCUGGAGACCCCGCCUCCCCGCCCUCGCUGUCGCCCAUCGACUUGGAGACGCAGGAGCGAAUCAAAGCCGAGCGCAAGAAGCUGCGCAACCGCAUCGCCGCUUCCAAGUGUCGCAAACGGAAACUGGAGCGGAUCUCCCGUCUGGAGGAGAAGGUCAAAGUCCUGAAGUCUCAGAAUUGCGAACUUUCGUCCACUGCCUCCGUCCUUCGUGAACAGGUGGCUUCGCUCAAACAGAAGGUCAUGAGUCAUGUGACCAACGGUUGCCAGAUCGCCGUUGGCUCCAAGGCUGGAGGGGGCGGGGCCAGAGGAGGUGAGGGCGGAGACUCCAGCUGCUGAGAAGGCGGGGUUAGUAGGUGGAGGCGUGUCUUGCGGAGCUUGGAGUUUGGCUGCGGAGAGCGAAUCAGCUGCUUGGGUUCAACCGCGACGGCCAGAGCUCCGCCCACAAAGAACGCUGUCAAUCACACAAUGGAGAAGGGCGGGUCUUCGUCCAGAGAGGCGGAGCCGAGGCCCAGGAGGAAACAGGAGUUUAUUUUGAGACGUUCCACGUGGAGUCUUUUGAUCCUGAAAGAUGGAUUUAGCAUCGGAACGACCGAAUCACAGCUCGGCUCCGAUUGUUUCCUUCAGCGUUUUUUUCUUUUUCACGGAAAUAGUUUGAAACGUUAGCGUCAUGUUCCGCUUCGAUAGUUUUACUGUGUGUUUCUGCUGUUGUUGAGCUUUUAAUACUUUACGUACGUUUUGGUGGAGAUUGGAAACUAAACCCACGACUUCCUGACGCCCAACUCACACUGUUUCAGUUUUUAUGGUGUUCUUUUUUUUUGGCUUUUUUUUUCAAUUUUAAUCCGAUUUUAUUUAAAUCGGGGACAAUGUCGUACAAGUCGACAUUUUCCGCUCGGUUUUGUCGGAGUUUGGAUUUUUUUUCUCAAACUUUCACAUGGCGUGUGGGCGUGGUUUUUAUUUGAUUUCAAACACAAACUUUGAACGCUCAGAUUUAUUUGAACAUCCCGAUUGUUUUUUGUCAGAUUUGCGAAGUUCGUGUUGGACGUCGUUUGUGUUGUUCACGUGUUUGUUUGAACUGAAGAAUCGGAGCCUGGAUUGAAGAACAGACGUGAUCGGAUCAGUCCGACAGCGAAGAAAACGUCCCCGUGCUUCGUAUUCAUGACGUCUGUUUAACGAUGCUGACUGUUUAAUCGACCAAUCACAGAGAAGGAUGUGUUGUUGCCGGGUAAAGAACAUUAUUCCAUAUAUGGAAAGUGUUU